AUGCACCACAGCAAUCACAUUACAAACCACCCACGAACAAGCUCUCCUCGGAGCCCAACCGAAAUCAUGCCCGAAGGCGAGGCCUCGCAGUCCCAGAACCAAUCUCAAGGAGCCUCGAGAGGGGCUUCACGAGGUCGCAGAGGCAGAGGCCGUGGCGGAAGAGGACGAGGACAUCAUGGAGGUCCCGCUCAAGGAACUCCAGGGCACGCCGCCCCGCAGGUCGACGGCUCAGAGAAUCUCUCAGCAUCUACGCCAGCUCCCACAUCUCAGCAGGAUUCGACACCCCCUUCAAACCCUUCAAGACAGGCUCGUGGAGGAAGAAGCAGAAGGGGGCCGCGGGGGGAGCGAGGCGGCGCCAGGCAUAGCGCCCCUCGAGCUCCCCAGCCGGCGACAACGCGACGCUUCGGCGGCCAUCUGACUGUUGAUACCGAGGAUGCGUCAUCAGAAGCUCCUUCAUUAAGUGCGGAGGCACCCGAGUUUGUGCCUGGCCAGCCAGUUUUGCCGAGAGUGUAAGUUGCCUGGUGAUGCCGUCGUUUGCUUACAAAACUGAU